AAUGGACAUGGCCUACAAAUAGUGAAAAAAUUGAAUUUAUUGCUGCAAGAGCACUACCAGAAAUAGGAAAUUGGAAGGAAUGUAACAGUUUUACUAGUGGUUGGGCUUUGAAAGAAAAUGAAAGAAAAACCAAGCGUCAACAUGUAAUAAGAAUGACUACUCAUAUCAAAAAGUUAUUAGAAAUUAUGUUUCAUACAGGUACCGCUAACCUAUCACAAAAAUUAACAGCACAACAAAUGAGAGAGGAGCUAAUACAUCGUGCACAAGCUGGAGAGAUUGAAAAAGAUGAAAUCCCGAACGAAACUACAAUAAAAAAUUGGAUUAGUGGGUUUUCACAUCAUUGGAAGGAAGCUAUGGCCUUGCGGGCUUUAGAUGAAACAGAAAAUUUCAAACCUUCCUAA